AUGGAGAAAAUCGCCUUCACCGUUUUCGUUACCGUCCUCGUACUAUGUCUCAUCCCACCCUCCACGGCGGAAAUCAAAACCGUUACCUUAACCUCCGACACCCGACCCAUGAUCAUCAUCGACCAAUUCGGGUUCACCAGAAGGGGCCACCUGGUGAUCUCCGUCUCAGUGGCGUCACCGAUACAACCCAACCCAUCACAGGUAGGGUUCUUUCUAGUGAACCAAUAUGCACUACCCCAAGUCCUAAUACAAGUCCAACGAAACCCUAACUUCUGCGUCCUUGAUUCCUUCUACAUAUUCCGCCUCUUCACAUUCCGUGCCCUAUCACACUCUUCUCCAUUUCCAUUCUUCAACCGCUCUUACCCCGUUACCUCACCCAACCAAUAUACCCUCUUCUUCGCUAACUGUGUCCCUCAGAGCAACAUCUCCAUGAAUGUACACAUUGAGAUUUUCAACCUUCACCCCGACGGCACCCGCGAUUAUCUCUCCGCUGGCCAGACUCUUCUCCCUUCACUCUUCUUCUUGUUCUCCCUCGUCUACUUCGCGUUCUUCUUCUUCUGGAUUUUCGUUUGUUACCUCAACAAGCUCUCCCUUCGCUUCAUCCACUUCUUGAUGGCUUCUCUCCUCUUAAUCAAGAGCCUUAACCUCAUCUUUGCCGCCGGUGACAUGUACUAUGUGAAGGUCACCGGCAUCCCCAACCAUUGGGUCGAAGUUUCCUUGUUCAUUUUCCAGUUCAUUCGCGUCGUCUUGUCGUUCAUCGUUAUUGUCUUGCUUGGAACCGGUUGGUCUUUUCCAAAGCCUUUUUUGCGGGCGAGGGGGCAGGUGGUGCUCGUCAUGGUGAUUCUGCUUCAGUUUCUUGCUAGCUUUGUUUCCCUUGUAGUUCCCGAGACUCGACUCUUCGUCGAGGAAUGGGUUAAUUGGAACCACCUGGUAUUGCUCGUGGACUUCAUCAGUUGCAGUGUGAUUAUUUUCCUCGUUGUUUGGUCGGGUGAAACCUCGGAGGCUCUAACGAACUUAGAAAACUCGACCCUUUUCAAGCGGUUUUACAUGGUUGUGAUUGGGUACUUGUUUUUCGCGCGUUUUGUGCUCAUUGGUUUUAAAAUCACUGUUUCCUAUAAGGACCAAUGGGUGAGUAAUCUCGCUGAGGAGACUAUUGGUCUUGCGUUUUACGUUAUCAUGUUCUACAUGUUUAGGCCUGUGGAGAGGAAUGAGUACUUUGUGCUCGAUGAGGAGGAGGAAGUGGUGGUUGCUGUCAAGAAAUUAGAAUUGGAGCCUUGA